CCCCAGCCCCCCCGAGGGCAGGCACCGAUGUCCCCGAGCCCUCUGGGAAGUGGAGUCCUUCCGCCGGGACCCCCGACCUGGCGGGGUCGCCUCCAAGUGCGCAGAUGCGACUCCAGACGGAGCCUCAGGCUCGAGCCUUUUGUUCCCCCACAGCUCCGUGUGUCCGGAAAGCGACUCCGUCCUCCCCUCCGUCUUUCCCAGAGCGCAGCCCGGCGGGGACCCGCCCUGUGGCCGGAGCCGAGUGGGCAGCGCGUCCGGGGAACUUCAGAGUAGAGUUGAAUGAUUUUCACAAAGAAGCAGAUUAUGUAUUGUUGGAAAGUCCGUGUUUAUCUCAUCUGAAACAGCGAACAAAGGAGAAAUCAUAGCAAUAACAGGACAAAAAAAGAGAAUCUAAUCAUGGAUUAUCUGACCACUGAAGCUGAGGAAGAAGUCCUUCCAGCCAUUACUACCGAGGAUGCUUCUCUGCCCCAAAAACAGAACAUUGAAGAAAUGGAACCCACUGUUGAGCUCCUUCCUGUUGAGUUCCAGGAAUUGGUGACAGUCAAGGAUGAGGAAAUGGACUUCAGUCAUGUGGAGGAAGAAGAGCUGAAUUCUGCCCAAAGGUACAUGGGCAUUGAUAUGAAAGUGGAGAAUUGUGGGAGCCUGGUAUUUUGGGAUUCCGAAUCUAUACCUGAAACUAAAGAAUCUUUUUCAAAGCAAGAACUUUAUGAAGAAGUGUCCUCCGAAAGAGAGCUGAUAAUAGAAAGACUUAAAAAGGUUGAGGCCUGGGACUCCAGAUUGAUAGAAGCCUGGCAAUGUGAAGGCACAUUAGAAAGGCAGCAAGGAAACCAGAAGAAAGAUUUAAGGGAAGCCAUAAUUAAACACAAGAAAACCACUGUGGAGGAUUGUAAUGAAAUUGGGGAAAGUUCAAACCCAAUCAAACAUCGAAAUAUUUACUCAGUGAAAAAGCCUUGGAAGUGCAAUGAAUGUGGGAAGUUCUUCAGUUACUACUCAGCCUUUAUCCUACAUCAGAGAAUUCAUACUGGGGAGAAGCCUUAUGCAUGUACUGAGUGUGGAAAGGCCUUCAGUCGGAGCUCAUCACUUAUUCAGCAUCAGAGAAUUCACACGGGAGAAAAACCUUACGAGUGUAACAAAUGUGGGAAAGCCUUCAGUCAUCGGUCAGCCCUCAUUCAGCAUCAUAUCAUUCACACUGGAGAAAAGCCCUAUGAGUGCAAUGAAUGUGGGAAAGCCUUCAACCAAAGCACAUACCUUAUUCAACACCACAGAAUCCAUACUGGAGAGAAGCCCUAUAAAUGCAAGGAGUGUGGGAAAGCUUUCAAUGAUACCUCAUCCCUAAUUAAACAUCAAAGAGUUCAUACUGGAGAAAAACCUUAUGGAUGUAAAGAAUGUGGGAAAGCCUUUAGUGACAGGUCGGGCCUCACUCAACAUCAGAGAACUCAUACAGGGGAAAAGCCAUAUGAAUGCAGUGAAUGUGGGAAAGCUUUCAGCUACUGUUCAGCUCUUAUUCAACAUCAAGGAACCCAUACUGGGGAGAAACCUUACAAAUGUAACGAAUGUGGGAAAGCCUUCAGUGAUCGCUCAGCUCUCAUAAGACACCAAAGAAUUCAUACUGGGGAGAAACCUUACAAAUGUAAAGAAUGUGAGAAAGCCUUCAGCCAGAGCUCAUCUCUUACAAAGCAUCUGAGAACUCAUACUGGAGAGAAACCAUAUAAAUGCAGUGGUUGUGACAAAGCCUUCAGUCAGAGUUCAUCUCUUAUUCAACAUCAGAAAACCCAUACAGGAGAAAAACACUACAGAUGUAAGAAAUGUGAGAAAACCUUCAGUGUGCGUUCAGCCUUUUAUCAACAUAAAGAAAUUCAUGAUGAAUAGAA